AUGCUUCCGAGUCCUGUAACCUCAACUCCGUUUUCGGUGAAGGACAUCCUCAAACUGGAACAGCAGCAUGCUCUGAACCCCAACGGAUUCAUGGGUGUUGAGCAGGACACUGUCCCGCUGGAGUCGCUUCAGCUUCAGUGCAUGCAGAGCACGCUGAGCCGGAGCCUGGGUCUCCUCUACAGCCCUGAGAAACACAGCGUGAUCUCUGGGGAACAGGUGAAAUGCGCCUUCAAUUCAGACGACUUUGACAUCGUCAGAAGCUCCUGCGGAUCUCCAACGGAGGAGGAGAUGGAUCCGAGCGAAGAAACAAGUAUGUGUCCAUUUGCCGAUUCCGGUUAUAAUGGUAGAAAAGAGGAAACACCGGGGGAGAAAGCAAAGCAGAGGCAGCGCAGGAAACCCCGGGUGCUCUUCUCUCAGACUCAAGUGUUUGAGCUGGAAAGACGCUUCAAGCAGCAGAGAUACCUGUCAGCACCCGAGCGAGACCACCUGGCUCACGUGCUGAAGCUCACCUCAACACAGGUCAAAAUAUGGUUCCAGAACCGGAGGUACAAGUGUAAGAGGCAGCGCCAGGAUAAAAGUCUGGAGCUGGCCGGCCCGCGGAGGGUGGCGGUGCCCGUGCUGGUGCGAGACGGCAAACCCUGGCAUGCAGCUCCGUACAAUGUCACUGUGUCAUAUCCCUACAACAACUAUUACAACAGCUAUGGAAACAACCCAUACCACUGUAACUUCACUUCUGUACCACCGUUUGCCAACACAAGUCAAAUACCCAACCACUUUGUGGAUAUGAAUUUGACGACGGGAGGUGUCGAUGGGAUCAGAACUUGGUGAGCAUGGCAUCAGUCCUAAAAGAGAAGAUUUUGGAUAAAGACUAUUUAACC